AUGAAGUUUACCCCCCACCUCUCCCAGCCUCCCAAUGCUUCCCUCACUCUCAUCCAACCACCUCCAAAGUGUGGGUUGAUAGACAUGCAGGAGCUCAGAUGUCAUGUGCUGCAUCUCAUUGCACAAAAUCGCAGCAUCAUCAUCAUGCAGGGUGGAGGUACCAUUUCACAGGGGGUAGGUGGCGAGGAGCGAUACACUCCCAGCAACAUUGCUCAGGAUCAGUGUCACGCAAUCGCACACGCUCAGUACCGGCCCUCGAAGGCCUUCUUUUCCUUGUUCUCGGCCGUGCCAGGGAUGGCAGCCUUCACCUUCUCAAACACCUGGCCCAGCUUGGACUGGCCACCCUCGUCAUGA